AUGCCGACUGUUACGGUGAUCCGCUGGCAGAGUGGCGCGAGUGGGCUGGCGCUGCGAGUGAUCUUCUGCGAGAGCCUUUUGACGUCCCAGAUCGUCCGUCAGGGCGACAAGGAGUGGGAAGGACUACGCUGCAGGCUGGUGGUCACUGUCCUGGCGCUAAACUGGGAGUUUGGGUUCCGCUCCCUGAAGCUGGCCAGGCCCUGCCGAGGUCUAGCCAACGCCGCGCAGCAGGCAGCCCUGGUCGCUCUCGGCCGCCGCCUCCUCUUGGCUACGCGGGCCGAGUCUGCUCUACCGCCAGAUCUUGACUGGAACGUGCGGCUGAAGGACCGCAAGAUCGGCUACGGCGGGGACGAGAUCUCGGCUCCGCAUCGGCUGACGCUGGAGCAGGUGCUGGACGGGCUGCCGCCGCCAGGCGUCGCGGCCUCCAUCGAGGCGGCCGACCUCGCGACGGGGUUCGUGCGCGAGGCCCUCCUGGACCCGACGUUGGUGCUGCUGCCCGCUGCCCUGCGGCGGCCGACGCCGACAUCUGCGGGCGUGUGGGCCUCGCUCGAGGAGUGGCAUCGGAUCGUGCGGGCGCUCCACGAGCGCGGGAUGGUGUCGGCGAUCCCGAGCAGCGAGAUUGCCUGUCGCGACGGAGCCCCGCUCCUGAACGGGGCGUUCGGGGUGCCCAAGCCCCGCGACGAGCCCGUGGUCUGCAGCGACGGCGAGCGCAGGCCGGUCCUGAGGCUCAUCACCAACCUUAUCCCCUCGAACGCGUGCCAGGAGUGCAUCGUGGGAGACACCCCUGAGAUGCCGACCAUGAGCCAGCUGAACGGCCUGGUGCUGACCGAGUCGGAGUUGCUUGGCCUGAAGGACGGUGGGACUACGCGCAUCUGCCUGCGGGUGAUCGGCAUGGGCUGGAUCAGUGCCGUGGGCGUGACGACCCACCUCCACCGGAACAUGCUGCGGCGGAGCGCCUCUGUCCCUCGCGGCCUGCCGCCCAGCCAGGAGAUCACUCGGCGCCGACGGCUGCCGUUCAGCGUGGAGAAGCCGUGCCCUCCGGCGUGGAUGGUCUACAUUGACAACCUGGAGGUCGCGGAGGUCGUGAGCAAGUCCGAGGCCGCGACGUUGCGAGGGGCGGUGCCCGAGCUCAUCUCCGAGGCUCGUGCCUGCGAUGCGGCUGCGGGCUCCCCGGGGUCGCCGUCCAAGGACAUCCAUCGAGUGCCUCGAGCGACAACCUUGGGGGGGCUCAUCGACGGGGUCGAGGGCGUGCGGCGCCCCCCUGCGGGUUACCUUACCGAGAUGGCCAGCCUCACGCUGUGGACGCUGAGCAAGAAGCGGGCCAGCAUGCGGCUGGUGCGCAUCCUGCUGGGCCGCUGGGUUCGAGUUCACUGCUUCCGGCGGCCGCUGGCGGCCAGCUUUGCCUACGCCUGGAAGUGGCUCGGGAACCCGCGCACUGGCGGCCGCUUCAGCGUGAGCGUGGUCGAGGACCUCUUGAUGUGUCUUGCGCUGUCAGGGCUUUGCGUCGCUGACCUGCGCCUCGAGGUCGACCCCCUGGUGUUCGCGUCGGAUGCCUCGGAGGCCGCUGGCGCCGUGGUCUACGGCUACGCCCUCUCCGACCGCGGGCGCGCGCUGGCCGAGAGGCGGCAGCGGCCCGCGAACGCCGCCUGCGAGGAGGAGACCGCCCUCGUGACUGUCUUCGACGGCAUCGGCGGUGGGCGCCGGGCUUUCGAGAUCCUCGGACUGGUCCCUGCCGUGCACCUGUCAUUCGAGGUUGACCCCGCGGCGGUGCGGGUGGCCCGGCGCAGCUACCCCAGCACGCAGCACCUGGGGGACGUGACGGAGGCGGACCCGGUGGCCCUGGCAGCCCUGAUGCGCGCCCGAGGCCGGGUGUCGCGUGUGCUGGUGGUGGGCGGCUUCCCGUGCCAGGUCUUCGCGGGUCUCAACGUCGCUCGGCAGGGUCUCGACGACCCGCGCGCGGGCCUGGUUGACCACAUGGUGCGGAUCGUGGACGGGCUGCGGACGGCCAUGCCGGAGGCGUCGAUCGACUUCCUCGGGGAGAACGUCGCGUCGAUGCCCGAGUGCGACGUGCUGCGCCUGAACCAGCUCUUCGGCCGCAUCCCGCUGGAGAUUGAAGCGGGAGAUGUCGGCUGGGUCAGACGUCCGCGGCUCUACUGGGCUUCGUGGGACCUCCUGCCGUCCUUCGAGGCUGAGCCCGUCGUGGUGCGGGCGAAGACCCAGGACGUUCGGCGCGCCUGCAAGGUGGCGCUGAAGGCGGAGCGGCCGCCGCUCGAGGAGUGGCUCCCGCCCGGGGCUGUGUGUCCGGGUCCCGCCGCAGGGGAGCCGCUCCCGACCUUCGUGCGCUGGGCGCCGCGCUCGCAGCCGCGCCCCAGGCCUGCGGGCAUUGGGGAGUGCAGCGCUGCUGAGCUGGCGCGCUGGGAGGCGGCGGGCUUCGCUUCGCCGCCCUACCAGUUCCGUGACAAGUGGUGCAUCCACCAGGCGGAUGGCCGCGUGGAGCCGCCUGCGAAGGCCGAGCCCGCCAAGUACGAGGCUCUUCGGCGGUCGCUCGUGGGCAACUCCUUCCAGUGCGAGGUCGUGGCCUGGAUCAUCAGCCACUGGGCCGUCGGAGCUGGGCUGCUGGUCUCGGUGCCCUCGCUGGGUGAGCUGCACGAGAGUGCGCGAGCCUGGGCUGGUGGCAGGAAGCUGUGGGCCGGCGACGUGACGUCGCUGCGGUGCGGUUGCUCCGAGAUCGACGAGGGCUUGCACGCCAAGCUGGACCAGCCCGGCGGGCCCAUCUACGUGGGUCGUGGGUCUCGCCGCUGGGGGCUGGCUGCCUCGCGGUGGGGCAACCCUUUCACGAUCAGCCCCGAGCGGUCACGCGAGGGCGCUGUUGCCCUGCUCGCUGGUUGGAUCCGCACGCAGCCCACCCUCCUGCAGAGCUUGGAGACGCUGCGCGGGGCCCCACUGGUCUGUCACUGUGGGCCCGACCAGGCGUGCCAUGCCGACAUCCUCUUGGCGGAGUUGGCGAAGCGUGACGUGGUGGAGUGGCGCGAGCUGGACGCGUCCAGACGCAUCGUCAUGGGGCUCGUCAUGGCGUGCCACAACAACGGAGCAGACAUCAGGACCGAUGGCGCCUCGGAGGCGCUCGGCAAGAUCUUCCCGCGGCAGGAGAUCGACUCAGGCAGGCAUUUGGCGCACAUCAACGUUCUUGGGUGCCAGGGCGCGCUGAUGAUGAUUCGAUGGCGGGCGCGGUCGGUGCGCCGCCAUCAGUGCGUCUUCCUGCACCUGCUCGACAGCAUGGUCAACAUCGGUGCGCUGUCCAAGCACCGUUCCAGCAGUCCUCAGCUCAACAAGGUGGUGCGGACCUUCUCGGCGUGGGAGCUUGCGAUGGGCGCGCGGGCGGUCUUCGGCUUCACGUCGUCGGCUCGCAACAAGCGGAGUAGCCCUGCUGACCGCCGCGCCGCCAGAGCUGGACUGGGGAAGCUGAGAGACGUCAGGAUAAAGGCCUCGACACUGGCCCGCUACCGUGGCGCCGCUCAGCGUUUUGUUGACUACCUUGCUGCCAAUAACCUGCCGCUGCCUUUCAACUGGGACGAUAUUGAUAUCUGCCUGCAAGAUUAUCUUGAGCACUUGUGGGCCGAGGGCGCCACAGAAGGAGAAGCCAAUGACGCCCUCAGCGGCGUGCAGCACCUGCUGAGGACACGACGCCGCUAUCCUGGCGCUUGGCAGCUGCUGACAGUCUGGGGCAGACUGGAGAUCCCUCAGCGCGCGCCGCCGAUGCCUGCCCAGGUGUGCACGGCGCUCGCCGGUUGGGCGCUCAGCCGCGGAGAGGUGGCCUUCGCGGCCGUGCUGCUCGCGGCCUUCCAUCUCUGUCUCCGCACUGGCGAGGCUUUGGGGCUGAGCGGCGGCGUCAUCUUUCUGAAGCCCUGUGGCCGAGGCGCGGUGUCGCUGCCCUGGGCCAAGACCUCUUGCCAGAAGGGCGCGCGGGAGCAAGUCACGCUUGACGACCCGCUGGUUGGGGCAGUCGUCCAUGCGCAGCUCCAGCGCGACAGCCGGCUCUGGCCUGGCACGACGCGCGCCUUUCACGACUUGUUCCGUACUGGGCUCCAGCAGAUCGGUUGCAGGCACCUCGCCCUGUCUCCUUACAGCCUGAGGCGCGGAGGCGCCACGCAUGAGUUCCUGCUGUCGGGCGACUUGUCUAAGGUCAUGUUGCGUGGGCGCUGGGGCUCGGCAAGAACGGUCAAGAUAUGCAUCCAAGACGGGGCUGCCAUCAUCGCAGAAAUGAAGCUCCAGGAUCGUGCCCGUUCGACGCUCCAGCAGCUUGACAUAUCUUCGGCCUACGGCCAGAGGAAAAACACUGAAUGGAGAGCUUGGUGUCUUUUUCGAGAGUUGGCGAGCUUCUUGGGCACGGUCCUGCUGGGCUCUCAGGGGGCCGUCGAGCCUCCCCUGGCCCCCGAGGCCGUGGAGCGUUCUGGCCCCAGUCUCCCGUGA